AUGAGUGUGAUCGAACUUCUCACUCGCGUAGACGCGAUCUGCAAGAAAUAUGACAAGUACGACAUCGACAAGCAGAAGGAUGCCAAUAUCUCCGGCGACGACGCCUUCGCCCGGCUUUACGCAUCCGUCGAAUCUGACAUCGAAACCGCUCUACAGAAAGCUGAAGCAGCUGCCAAUGAGAAGAGUAGGGCAUCAGCUGUAGCCAUCAAUGCCGAGAUUCGUCGAACCAAGGCUCGGUUGCUUGAGGAGGUUCCUAAAUUGCAGAGGCUGGCGAUUAAAAAGGUUAAAGGGCUCUCAGGAGAAGAGCUUGCUGCUCGUAAUGAUCUGGUGCUCGCAUUACCUGAUCGGAUUCAAUCCAUUCCUGAUGGCUCUGCUCCUGCACCCAAGCAAUCUGGAGGUUGGGGGGGCCUCGGGGGGCCUUCAGCUUCUCGGACAGAAAUUAAAUUUGAUUCAGAUGGGCGUUUUGACAGUGAAUUUUAUCAACAAACUGAUGAGUCAAAUAACUUCAGACAAGAAUACGAAAUGCGCAAAAUGAGGCAGGCAUGCUUGGAUGUCAUAGCAGAAGGUUUAGAUACAUUGAAGAACAUGGCCCAAGAUAUGAAUGAGGAAAUUGAUAGGCAAGUUCCUUUAAUGGAUGAGAUUGACACCAAGGUAGACAAAGCAACAUCUGACCUCAAGAAUACAAAUGUCAGGCUUAAGCACACUGUUAAUCAGCUGAGAUCUAGUCGGAAUUUCUGCAUUGAUAUCAUUUUGUUGUGCAUAAUUUUGGGAAUUGCAGCAUACUUGUACAAUGUUCUAAAGAAGUGA